CUUCAGUGCGCUUAGUCCUGACAAUGUCGUGUUACACUAGCGUGAAACUGAACGGCAAAGUGGCUGUAGUGACCGGUGGCAGUUCUGGUAUGGGUUACGAAGCUGCAAAGAAUCUGGCUAAUCAUGGAGCUAGAGUUAUCAUCGCAAGUAGAAACGCAGCUAAACUCGAAGAAGCUACGAAACAAAUAAUAUCAGAAACAGGCAAUCCUAACGUUUCUUACAAAACUGUCGAUCUAGGAUCACUAAGUUCAGUGAGGAAUUUAGCAAACGAAAUCAAUACGGAAGAUAAAGUAAAUGUGUUAAUAAACAAUGCAGGAGCCGUUGCUUUACCUGAUAAACUGACAGCAGAUGAUUUGAACCUCACAAUGCAAGUGAAUUACCUCGGAGCAUUCUUGCUUACGUUUCUAUUGCUGCCUAAGCUACGAGCAUCAGCACCCAGCAGGAUCGUGAAUGGAGUUGCCGCGACGAUGUAUGUUGGUGAUAUUGAUUUCGACCACUGGAACGAUCUUGGCCGCUACAAUGUUAUAACUGCAUUAGGAACAUCUAAGCUGGCAGUUGCUCUGUUUAGCACAGAACUGGAUAACAGAUUGAAGAAUACCGGAGUGACCGCUAAUAGCUACGAUCCCUUCUUAGUGAAAGAUACGAAUUUGCUAUCGAAUAUUCCACAAGGCUUACAGAGCGUGUCCCAAUUCUUCCUUAACAUUGUUGGACAAAGGAAAGAAGAUGUGGGAGAGCAGAUAGCGUACUUGGCUGCGGCACCAGAGUUAGAAGGAGUUAGUGGAAGACUCUUCAAGUUCUGUCACCAGUUUCCUAAUCAUUGGCUGGUGCAUAACCGUCAGUUCACCAAGCGUCUGUGGGAGGAAUCCAAGAAAGCUGUGAAGAUCAGUGAGAAGGAAGACUGGGAAAUGAGCAAUGCGGUCUAGAAUAGUAAGAAGUGCUUAACUGUCUUCAGUAAAUACAAGGAAAAGUGUAGUAAUAACAUGUAGAUCUCUACAUCGAGUCAAAAUUUAAAUAGAAAUAAGAAAUGUAGGUGUAGUUAUUAUUUAAUCAUUUUACUUUUCUAUUUAUAAUCCACGAAAUAAAUAAACAAAAAUGACUGAAAUAUUUUAUUCUAGGUAUUCACUGUCAACAUGCAUAUUUUGUAUUAUUUUCUCUUUUAUAUUAAAA